AUGUCGACCCAUGCUGUUGUAUUUUUGCUGUGUGCUAAAAGUGCUAAUAUUAUAUCAGUAAGAGCUGUCGCAGGAACUCCCAUCGUAGGACUAGUUACUAAGGUUCGGUGCCAGGGAAGAGUUUUUCGCGCGAAGAUAGUGUUCCUUAGUUCGAAAAUGGCCUGUGAUGCGGCAAUUAAAAAUGUGACAGAAGAUGGCGACAUGAGGAAGAACUUCUCCGUAGCUAACUGUAGCGGCACCUCUUCAGAACGAGAGAACGAUCAACAGGAGAGCUUCCGCUUAUGCAAAGCAAUUAAGGAAUUGAUCAUUCUAGUUCGCGAACAUCAUGAAGAAAUAACGGCGAUGCUCCGCGAACAACGUGCCGUUGUGGAUGCGAGAUUUGGAAGACUUGAACUGCGAAUCUCCAGGAUUGAAGAAAUGUUGGAGAGGAAAUUUGCCAAUGCUUCGGGUUAA